AUGCACAGGCGAGCGGUCACAAGGUUUUCACGCCGCGUCGAGCUUUCUUCGACCAGCGUAACGGCCUCAACCUCGACCUUCUCUCCACGGAGCUUUCACUCCUCUGCAUCGCAUCGAAACUCGGAACCCGGGGAUAAUAAAAGUGAUGGAAGAUCUGCGACCACUCCGAAAACUUCCGGCUUUGCGCCCAAGUUCGGAGCCCCCAAAUUUGGAAGCAAAUGGGGUACUGGAGGAACGCAAUCGACAGGUCUGAGUGCCGCGGAGCAGACAUUGCGAGACGCGCUGGUUGCUAGAAGCAAGCCACCCCAACCCCCACCACGAGCGCCAGAACGUGAGCGCUCAUCGGAUCCUCUACGGAAUCAAAGAUGGGCCAAGCGCUCCUACGGGGAUUCUGCUGACAGAGACGACAACCGCGGUUUCCAGCAACGGCAACGACGUACUGACAAUCAGGAACCCUCGGGUCAUCGAAACGACUGGAAUAACAACCGGGAACUCUCAAACCAACGAAACGAACGCAAUAAUAACCGGGAGCCUUCGGGAAAUCGAAACAGCUGGAAUAAAAAACCAAGGCAAAGAAUCCCGCAGCGGGCACCAACCGACUGGGACUGCCCCGGUUGCCAACGAUAUGUCUUUGAAAAAUACUCGGAUUGUCCUUUCUGUCAUACACCGCGGCCAGAACUACCAGCAGAGGAGGCGCGGACACCGCGGAAUAAUGCGGAAGCUGCCAAGCUGCGAUUGCUUCAGCGCUCACUCCAGGCCCAAGAAGCUGCUGCACAGCCGAAGAAGGAUAAACCUAAGGCUGAGGAAUCCAUGGCCAAGGCUGAGAAAAAGAAAGUCGAGAAACAGAAAGUCACCAAAGUCGACAAAGUGGAUAAAGUUGACCAAUGGACCUGGGAUAUGUCUGCGCUAGAGAAACUAGAGUCGGGUGAAGGUGAGGAAGAUAUUCCACUGGAUGUCAAAAAGUCGAAGCGCCGUGAUGGAGGAAAGCAGCGGGAUUCCGAGUCCGCGGAGUUUGAAGCUGAGGAACGUGAACAGCGGCGCGAGGCACGCAAGCGCAAGAAGGCGAAAGAAGCUAAGAGAGAGGCGAGGAAGGAGGAGGAGCGUGCUGCUCCUCAACCUCUUUACCUCCCUGAAUUCAUUAGUGUUAACAACCUAGCCGAUGUCAUUGGCGUCCGGCCAGCUCAAUUUAUUGCACGCAUGGAGGAAAUGGGCUUUGAGGAUGUCGAAUACAACCAUGUGCUGGAUGCCGAGACUGCUGGGUUGGUCGCCGCUGAGUACAACUAUGAAGCUAUCUUCGAUACUGGGGCGGAUAAUAUUGAGGCUGAACCAGUGCCAGAAGAUGUUUCUGACUGGCCAACUCGACCGCCUGUGGUAACUAUCAUGGGCCAUGUUGACCAUGGUAAGACUACUAUCUUGGACUGGCUGCGCAAAUCAUCCGUUGCUGCGACUGAGCACGGUGGUAUCACUCAGCACAUUGGCGCAUUCUCUGUGCCAAUGCCUUCUGGAAAAUUGAUUACUUUCUUGGAUACUCCUGGACACUCGGCAUUCUUGGAAAUGCGCCGUCGCGGUGCCGACGUCACUGAUAUCGUGGUUCUGGUGGUAGCCGCCGAUGACAGUGUGAAGCCACAGACCAUUGAAGCCAUCAAGCACGCAACACAGGCGAACGUUCCUAUCAUUGUUGCCAUGAGCAAGAUUGACAAGGAGGGCCGCAACCCGGAUCGAGUGAAACAAGAUUUGUCAGUCCACGGUGUCCACGUGGAAGAUUACGGUGGUGAUGUUCAAGCCAUCGGAGUCAGCGGUAAGACUGGCGAGGGUAUGCUUGAGCUUGAAGAGGCUAUUGGUGCCCUCUCGGAGAUGCUUGACCACCGGGCUCAAAGGACCGGUAACGUCGAGGGAUGGGUCCUUGAGGCUUCGACCAAGUCCUAUGGCCGAGUCGCAUCAGCUCUUAUCCGUCGUGGUACACUGCGGCCGGGUGAUAUCAUUGUUGCCGGUAAUACCUGGGCUCGAGUGCGCACUUUGCGUAACGAGGCUGGCUUGACCGUCAGUGAAGCAACCCCAGGAAUGCCCAUCGAGAUUGAUGGCUGGAGAGACCAGCCUGCUGCUGGUGCUGAGAUUCUUCAGGCGCCCACUGAGCAGAAGGCUAAGGAUGUUGUGGAAUAUCGUCAGGAACGGGCUGAUACUGAGAAGCUUGGCCAGGAUAUGGUUGCCAUUAACGAGGCGCGACGAGAACUCUCUGAAAAGCGCAAGCUCGAGGAGUCUCAAUCUGAUGACGCGCCUAGUGCUGUUGCAGAACCAACUGGCCCGAAGGCGAUCAAUUUCAUCAUCAAGGCCGAUGUUGAUGGUUCUGCAGAGGCGGUCAUGAACUCCAUGGCUGCCAUUGGCAAUAACGAAGUCUAUGCCAACAUUCUUCGCUCGGCAGUUGGCCCCGUCGCAGAGUUCGAUAUCGAGCAUGCUGCUGCUGCUAAAGGAAGAGUCAUCUCUUUCAACAUGCCCAUUGAUCCUAACAUGAUGCGCAUGGCGGAGCAAGAAGGCGUGAAGAUCAUGGACCACAAUAUUAUCUAUAAACUCAUCGACGAUGUCAAGGCCGACCUGAGUCAAUAUCUUGCGCCGACCAUUACCCAGCGUGUCACAGGUGAAGCCGAGAUUGGCCAAAUCUUUGAAAUCACCGUCAAGGGACGUGAUAAGAUCGCUAUUGCGGGUUGCCGUGUGCGUAACGGCACAGUCAACAAAGCCCGUAAGGUCAGAGUCAUCCGAGGUGACGAGACUGUAUACGAUGGCACGAUGACUUCGCUGAAGAACGUCAAGAAGGACGUUACUGAGAUGCGAAAAGACACCGAGUGUGGUAUCGGAUUCGAGGGCUGGGCUGAUUUUGCCGUUGGCGAUCACAUCCAGUGCUACGAGGAGAUUCACGAAAAGCGCUACCUCUGA